AUGUUAAAUACAAAUCCCCCGUCUAAAAGCCUACGGCCUGAAACUGUUGCUAAGCAGAAGGCGCGAGAAGAACCGACUCCUGUCCUUGCGUCCCAUGCGCAUCGCAACUCUCCAGCUGCUAAUCUUCCUCAAUCUGAUGCGCAGUCACCGGCAAAAGGGCUUUCAAGACAGCAAAAGCGCAGGCGGACCAGGCAAGCACAGAAGUCAGCCGCUCUUGAGGCCAGGCCGAAAUCAGGCGGGCAUGAGAUGGCGGCACCUCAAGCAGAGGUGGUUGCUUCACGAGCACUGUCAUCUCCUCCCAGUGUUGUACAAUCACCACCCCAAGUACCCUCGAACGAGCGCACCUCUGGUUCUGAACAGACCAGUUCAUCGGCAUCCAAUAGUGCAACCCCUGUGGCGGUAACUAUGCCCUCGCCGCCUCCUGCGAAUUAUCCCGCACGUGACCAUGGACCGCUGGCCAUGAAGGCUGGAAUGACUACGCAAGGGGGAGAUCAGUUUAUGCCAAUCAGGAAGAUUGAGCCGGGAACGGGAUUCUUCAACGUCAUUGGUGUAGUUACAUCAACCAAGCCUCCGACACAAACGCGCUCACUGGAUUGGUGCCGGAUUUUCUCCAUUGUUGACCCGUCCUGCAUGGAAGAUGAUGUGGAUAUCGUGACCUACAAUUUCACGGUCAACUGUUUCCAGAAGGCGCACAUCGAGUGGCUCCCUCAGGCUGAAGUUGGAGAUAUAGUCAUCUUUCGGAGGCUGAAGACCUCUACGUUCCGUGGCGGAAGUCUCAAUGGUAUAGGGUAUCACGAUAAGUUGCGCUGGGUGACCUAUGAUACCAAAACCCGGCGUUUCCGUGACCCUGACAGCAAAGACGCCCCACGUUCCGAGACACUGGACCAAGGAUUUGGGUAUUCGUACUCACCUUAUUAUGAACCGAGUGUGCAAGGCAAAGAAGCGGAGUACUGUGCUCAGCUUGCCGACUGGUGGCAAGCGACACAGCAAGGUGUCACAACCGUGCAGUGUGUCCCACGCUCUUCGCGAGAGCAUCACCUCAUCUCUGAGGUCACGCCGGACACUUCCCCUCAAGGUUAUUUCGAUUGCACCGUCGAAAUUUUGCACAGCUAUGAAAACACCAGUGGACCUAACACCGUCUACGUGACCGACUACACCGUAAACCCUCACACCAACCCUCCACAAGCAAAUUGGUGCUCGCCGGAAUUGUCUGCGUACGUUUUUAAAAUCGACAUGUGGGAUGACGCGGGGCUUCUCGCAAGGACAAUGCAGCCCGGAGAGUUCUGGUCCCUCCCAAACACGCGCGCGAUGACAGACUCCUAUUUACAUUUUCACGGUAAAUUGGUAGAAACACAUAAGACCAAAAAGCUUGACGAGGUCGAAAAUGGCAAGAACCUGCAUUUCCGUGCCUUGCUAGAGCGGAAAAAGAAGUUUGAGCAGGGGGGAGGGGCGUCCGGCUCUUCUCCACGGUUUGACACCAAGUUGAUUGAAGAUGUUGACGAAGAAGUGACGUUCUUCCACUGCACGGUUGAGGUGCUCCAUGUGGAUCUUGCCUCUGCAGAAGAACCACUUGUUUACGUGACAGAUUACACGUUCAAUCCCAGCCUAAUCAACCCAGCGGAGCCAGCACCCUGGGCCCUUGGCCUCGAUCGCCGGGUCGUCAAAAUCACCCUGGAGGGUGGGCAAAAAGGGAGGGCUCGCGAUCUGCAGCUAGGCGCAAUGUAUAGAAUCAAGAAUCUGCGCUUGAUCAAGAGGGCAGGUAUCAAGGGUGCCUUCGGGCGUCUAGGGGGCGACGAACGUCUGAUCAUUGCAGUUAAUGACCUCGAGAAGGAGGAAGUGAAAGCUCUUCUACGACGUAAGGAGAAGUGGAAGGUAGAAAUGCAACGAGACGGGGUGUGCAUCGAACCAGCGGUCAAUGCCACUGCAAAAUCGCUCCCCCCUACCCCUGAGAUAUCGAAGGGCCUCACUCUGAAGCAAGUUUUCGCCAGCACUGUCUGUCCAAAUACAUUCACAUUCGUUGCGCGAGUGUUCGAUUUUUAUCCCUUGGAUCUGAAUCAGGCGACGUACCUGCGGUGCACUAACUUACGGCGGCCCUGGAAAUGUUGCAUCGACUGCGAUGACAUGCUCGAAACGCAUUGCAAAUGGUUCUACAAACUGCUUUUCAUAUUGGAAGAUGAUGAAAAAAACAAUAUCAUGGUUUCUGCCUGUAACGAUGAGUGUAAACUUCUAUCCGGAUUGCCUCCUGCGGACUUGGAAGUAGAUAAAGAUGCUUUCGAUCGAUUCGUAGCUCGCCUACAACCCAUGAUUGGCAACCUUAGGCAAGUGCAUGACGCAUAUGCGAAGAACGAGGACUUGCCAGUAGUUUCCCCAAAGAUGCACUUCACCAUAGAGAGUUGGAUCGCAGGCGAUAAUAAACGACGCAGGGGAUUGCCUCUCCAGGAUGACAUAGAGCAUCAUCAUAAUGUCACGACACCCCAGCUUCUAAGAUUCUUUCGUCUGGACUCCGAGUCUAUGGGUUUUUGCCCUAGUGACAUCGUCGAACGAGUGCAGAUGUACGCCAGAGGUAUGACCGCAAGUGCACUAGAUCUAAACUUGUUCAUCGCGAGCAGAAAGCCUCCCCCCUUGAAGGUGUCCUGUCUUUUUAUUAUCCGCCCACGCGCCAGUAAGCUAUUUAUGGUGGUCAAUCCCCCAUUCCACCUCACCUUUUCUGAAUUGAGAAGCUUUUACACGACUAGCUCGCUCAAAUCUCGCGAGUUUGGUCGGUUUCAGCUUCAUCCAUGUCACACGAACAAGCGCAGAGAUUGGACAGUCCAAUUCCGCAACGAGCUCGAAUACUUUUGGACGCGGUCUCAACCUGAUUGGGCACUCUCAGCCCUCCCCGAUCCAUACCCUAAUAACAAACCCAAGACAGGCUCCGCCACCGACAUAGAUGAGGCACUUCAAUACGCCAUCAUGGCUGGGCUAUGUUACAUCAUGGAGAAGGCGUACAACCGCCUCAUUAUGGCGGGACUACCUCGCGAUGCACCUCCCAUCGUAGAUGACUUUGAAGAGUUACGGGCGCGCCCAAAACACCCCGAGAAUGUCCCAGCAUGGGCAGAAGCGGUCAUUCCGCUUGGUAAGGUGACGGAUGUCCCUGACUCGGAAGGGAACGUGCCUACGGAUGAGAAUGCUGAUGAGGAUUUCCUGCGCUUCGGAGUCCGGGUGGCAACGCCUCACUGGGUUUUUGUUUGA